GGCAGUUCCGGUGCCGCCGCUGCGGCCGCUGAGGUCUCGGGCUGCUGCUGCCGCGGCCGCUGGGGCUGGGGCCGCCGGCGAGGCAGGGCUCGGGCCCGGCCGGGCAGCUCCGGAGCGGCGGGGGAGAGGGGCCAGGAGGCGGGGGCCGUGCCGCCCGCUCUCCUCUCCCUCGGCGCCGCCGCCGCCGCCGCCGCCCGCGGGGCUGGGACCCGAUGCGGCUAGAGCCGCGGAGCCUGGAGGAGCUCCGAGCAUAACCAGCAGCCAGGAAAUAACUAUUUUACAAAUCAACCAAGUCCAGGAUGGUAUUAGCUUCAUUAGGGCAAGAAAAAGUGAAGUUACUUUUAAUGAAGCCCCCAGGCUCUUGAAAGAAAAAGAGAGGAGUGUUAGCUUUGAUCUCGACUUUAAAUUGAAAAGUAGAGCCCUUUUAUACUUCUUUCUUAAGUGAACCCAUCAAUCAAGAAAGGAACAAUGUGUGGUUGGCAUCACUUGUGUGAUUUCAGAUUUCUGCUUUGGGACAGCAACACAUCUAAUUCCUUAAAGUAGUUUUAUAUGUAAAACUUGUAAAGGAUCAGAACAAUGCCUCCAAGACCAUCAUCAGGUGAACUGUGGGGCAUCCACUUGAUGCCCCCAAGAAUCCUAGUAGAAUGUUUACUACCAAAUGGAAUGAUAGUGACUUUAGAAUGCCUCCGUGAGGCUACGUUAAUAACUAUAAAGCAUGAACUAUUUAAAGAAGCAAGAAAGUACCCUCUCCAUCAACUUCUUCAAGAUGAAUCUUCUUACAUUUUCGUAAGUGUCACCCAGGAAGCAGAAAGGGAAGAAUUUUUCGACGAAACAAGACGACUUUGUGAUCUUCGGCUCUUUCAACCCUUUUUAAAAGUAAUUGAGCCAGUAGGCAACCGUGAAGAAAAGAUCCUCAAUCGAGAAAUUGGCUUUGCUAUCGGCAUGCCAGUGUGUGAAUUUGAUAUGGUUAAAGAUCCAGAAGUACAGGACUUCCGAAGAAAUAUUCUGAAUGUCUGUAAAGAAGCUGUGGACCUUAGGGAUCUUAAUUCACCUCAUAGUAGAGCAAUGUAUGUCUAUCCUCCAAACGUAGAAUCUUCACCAGAACUGCCAAAGCACAUAUACAAUAAAUUAGAUAAAGGACAAAUAAUUGUGGUGAUUUGGGUAAUAGUUUCUCCAAAUAAUGACAAGCAGAAGUAUACUCUGAAAAUCAACCAUGACUGUGUGCCAGAACAAGUAAUUGCUGAAGCAAUCAGGAAAAAAACUCGAAGUAUGUUGCUAUCAUCUGAACAACUAAAACUUUGUGUUUUAGAAUAUCAGGGCAAAUACAUUUUAAAAGUGUGUGGAUGUGAUGAAUACUUCCUAGAAAAAUAUCCUCUGAGUCAAUAUAAGUAUAUAAGAAGCUGUAUAAUGCUUGGGAGGAUGCCCAAUUUGAUGCUGAUGGCUAAGGAAAGCCUUUACUCACAACUGCCAAUGGACUCUUUUACAAUGCCGUCUUAUUCCAGACGCAUCUCUACCGCCACACCAUAUAUGAAUGGAGAAACUUCUACAAAAUCCCUUUGGGUUAUAAAUAGUGCACUCAGAAUAAAAAUUCUUUGUGCAACCUAUGUAAAUGUAAAUAUUCGAGACAUUGACAAGAUCUAUGUUCGAACAGGUAUCUACCAUGGAGGAGAACCCUUGUGUGAUAAUGUGAACACUCAAAGAGUACCUUGUUCCAAUCCCAGGUGGAAUGAAUGGCUGAAUUAUGAUAUAUACAUUCCUGAUCUUCCUCGUGCUGCUCGACUUUGCCUUUCCAUUUGUUCUGUUAAAGGUCGAAAGGGUGCUAAAGAGGAACACUGUCCAUUGGCAUGGGGAAAUAUAAACUUGUUUGAUUACACAGAUACUCUAGUAUCUGGAAAAAUGGCUUUGAAUCUUUGGCCAGUACCUCAUGGAUUAGAAGAUUUGCUGAAUCCUAUUGGUGUUACUGGAUCAAAUCCAAAUAAAGAAACUCCAUGCUUAGAGUUGGAGUUUGACUGGUUCAGCAGUGUGGUAAAGUUUCCAGAUAUGUCAGUGAUUGAAGAGCAUGCCAAUUGGUCUGUGUCCCGAGAAGCAGGAUUUAGUUAUACCCAUGCAGGACUGAGUAACAGACUAGCCAGAGACAAUGAAUUAAGGGAAAAUGAUAAAGAACAGCUCCGAGCAAUUUGUACCCGAGAUCCUCUAUCUGAAAUCACUGAGCAAGAGAAAGAUUUUCUGUGGAGCCACAGACACUAUUGUGUAACUAUCCCUGAAAUUCUACCCAAAUUACUUCUGUCUGUUAAAUGGAAUUCUAGAGAUGAAGUAGCCCAGAUGUACUGCUUGGUGAAAGAUUGGCCUCCAAUCAAACCCGAACAGGCUAUGGAGCUUUUGGACUGCAACUACCCAGAUCCUAUGGUUCGAGGUUUUGCUGUUCGAUGCCUAGAAAAAUAUUUAACAGAUGACAAACUUUCUCAGUACCUAAUUCAGCUAGUACAGGUCCUAAAAUAUGAACAGUAUUUGGAUAACCUGCUUGUGAGAUUUUUACUCAAAAAAGCGUUGACUAAUCAAAGGAUUGGGCACUUUUUCUUUUGGCAUUUAAAAUCUGAGAUGCACAAUAAAACAGUUAGUCAGAGGUUUGGCCUACUAUUGGAAUCCUAUUGUCGUGCAUGUGGGAUGUAUUUGAAGCACCUGAAUAGGCAAGUUGAGGCUAUGGAAAAGCUCAUCAACCUAACUGACAUUCUCAAACAAGAGAAGAAGGAUGAAACACAAAAGGUACAGAUGAAGUUUUUAGUUGAGCAAAUGCGGCGACCAGAUUUCAUGGAUGCUCUACAGGGCUUUCUGUCUCCUCUAAACCCUGCACAUCAGUUAGGAAAUCUCAGGCUUGAAGAGUGUCGCAUUAUGUCUUCUGCAAAAAGGCCACUGUGGUUGAAUUGGGAAAACCCAGACAUCAUGUCAGAGUUACUCUUUCAGAACAAUGAGAUCAUCUUUAAAAAUGGGGAUGAUUUACGGCAAGACAUGCUAACACUUCAAAUUAUUCGCAUUAUGGAAAAUAUCUGGCAAAAUCAAGGUCUUGAUCUUCGAAUGUUACCUUAUGGUUGUCUGUCAAUUGGUGACUGUGUGGGACUUAUUGAGGUGGUGAGAAAUUCUCACACCAUCAUGCAGAUUCAGUGCAAAGGGGGCCUGAAAGGUGCGCUGCAGUUCAACAGCCACACGCUCCAUCAGUGGCUCAAGGACAAGAACAAAGGAGAAAUAUAUGAUGCGGCCAUUGAUCUGUUUACACGUUCAUGUGCUGGAUAUUGUGUCGCGACCUUCAUUUUGGGAAUUGGAGAUCGUCACAAUAGUAACAUCAUGGUUAAAGAUGAUGGACAACUGUUUCAUAUAGAUUUUGGACACUUUUUGGAUCACAAGAAGAAAAAAUUUGGUUAUAAACGGGAACGUGUACCGUUUGUUUUGACACAAGAUUUCUUAAUAGUUAUUAGUAAAGGAGCCCAAGAAUGCACAAAGACAAGGGAAUUUGAGAGGUUUCAGGAGAUGUGUUACAAGGCUUAUCUAGCCAUUCGGCAGCAUGCCAAUCUCUUCAUAAAUCUUUUCUCAAUGAUGCUUGGCUCUGGAAUGCCAGAACUACAGUCUUUUGAUGAUAUUGCAUACAUUCGAAAGACCCUAGCUUUAGAUAAAACUGAGCAAGAGGCUUUGGAAUAUUUCAUGAAACAAAUGAAUGAUGCACAUCAUGGUGGCUGGACAACAAAAAUGGAUUGGAUCUUCCACACCAUUAAGCAGCAUGCUUUGAACUGAAAUGAUGACUAAGAAACUGAAAGCUCAAUAUUGGAUUCUAUUCUGCACUGUUAAUAACUGUCAACAGGCAAAGACUGAUUGCAUAGGAAUUGCACAAUCCAUGAACAGCAUUAGAAUUUACAGCAAGAACAGAAAUAAAAUACUAUAUAAUUUAAAUAAUGCAAACGCAAACAGGGUUUGAUAGCACUAAACUAGUUCAUUUCAAAAUUAAGCUUUAGAAUAAUGCGCAACUUAAUGUUAUGCCUUAAGUCCAAAAAGGUAAACUUUAAAGAUUGUUUGUAUCUUUUUUUAAAAAACAAAACAAAAAACCCAAAAUAUAUAGAAAUGAUGGAGAAGGAAAAAGAAUGUUCUUUUUUUGACUUGCAAAUGUUCUAUGUUUUGAAAUGUGGACACACGAAGUCUAUUAUUGCAUUAGGUCCAAGUAAACUGGAGUUUGAUGUUAAAUUACAUUAAGAUAGGGAAUAAUGAAAUUUCUUAUUUUUUCAUUGCUGUUCAACUUAUAGUUUGAAGUGGGUUUUUUGACUCCUUGUUUAAUGAAGAAAAAUGCUUGGGGUGGAAGGGACUCUUGAGAUUUCACCAGACCUUUCUUUUUUAAUAAAUCAAACCUUUUUGACAAUUUGGGGUCUUAAUCUGCAAAGUUUUGGAAGCAGUCACAAAUGAGACCUGUUAUAGGGUGGUUUUUUGGUUGUUUUUUUUUUUCUGGACAGUAUUUACAAGAAUCUGAUUCUUACUUCCCAGGGAAAUUCUGGGCACCCAUAAAGUAAAAUAAUCAUCACAGAGAAAGAAAGCAGGAUUAGUUCUUGUUCCAGAAUUGUACAGUAUUCACCUUAGGUUGAUUUUUUUCUCUUUUUGCAAAUGAAUUGAAUACAUUUUUCAUGCAUGUUUUCCAGAAAAUAGAAGUGAGUAUUAAUGUUAUUAAAAAGAUUAUUUUUUUUAUUAAAGGCUAUUUAUAUUAUAGAAACUAUCAUUAAUAUAUAUUCUUUAUUUCAUGAUCUGUCCCAUAGUCAUGCAUUGUUUUGCACCCCAAAUUUUUUAUUGUUCAUAUCAGCAUGGUCAGCUCUUCUCUUGGUCUGUGGAUAAGGCCAGGCACUAUCCCAUUUAUACCAAUACUAGUGAAUAACUACUUAAAGAAAACAGAUUAAAGUUUAUUCUCUUUCCUUUUCUUUCUGUUUUUAAAUGAAUCCCCCAUCUUCCAUCUUCUUUUAUAGUUCAGAAUGCCUCAAUCAUAUGAAAUUAGUUACCAAAAUUAAUAAAAUUUAGAGUAUAUUCCUGAUUGCUUAAACCCUCUACUGAGGUAUGCUCAUGAAUAAUACUUUAUAAUAUGGGGAAAUAGAAACCAUGAACUUUUCACCAUUUUGGGCUAUUUAUCCAAUAUCUCAAUAAUAAAAGUAGGACUUUAAACCAUUUUAAGAUCAUGUCCCAUUUCCAAGUUGUCAGGGCUCACUCUCCAACUUUAUCAAAUUGCAUUUGAGCACAGGAUACAUUCUUAAACAUUUUGAAAAACAUUAACCCAAAAUGUAGGGGCUAAUGCUAGUCAUCACUCCAGAAUCCAGUAUUUCACUCAGUAUUUGAAAUGAAUUAUUAAUGCCCUAGGAAAUAGCUUUAGCAAAUGUCCAGGUGCCACACCAGAAAAAGUGCAAUAAUUUACUGACAGUUUUCUAGAUUAGGCAUAUUAUUGGAAUACAACUUUAUAAAGAGUGCACAUUGUAUCCUCUAGUGAAACAGCAUCACUUAAAAAACUUUCACUUAUUAAAUCAGUUACCUAUAGUAAAAGUCUUGAAUAGUGAACAAGGACUCUAAUACAAAUAUUCUUAAUAUUUGGCUAUUUUUAGAACCCUUAAAGGGCAUAAUUAUUGGAGAUUUAGGUACUUCACUAAAGCAUGUAUAUAAUAUUGCCAAUGAGUAAAAUAAAUUUGAAGAUUAGGGGAACUUAUUUCUCUAAACUGUCUUGGAAUAGUUAAGAAGAACUUAAACUCUGUUUUAAGCAGGAAACCAAUGGGUUCUUUUGCAGAUAUAAAAGAUUCAUAACUUAUUAAAACUUCAUGAUUAACACUUUGUGUCUUUUAGAUCUAUUCAGUUAUAAUAUGUACUAACAUCCCAGUCUUCUCUAUAUCAGGGAUUGAUUAUAGGAAAAUUCAGCGAAAUGGUACAAAUCUGAAACUUUGAUGAUGAAAACUGAAGUUUUAACAGAGAACCAUGUUUCACCCGAGUGCCAAAAAAAACUUUGAGCUUCCUUGCAUAAAAUUGAUACAAUUUAGCAUUUUCCACAUCAGUUCAGAUAGUCCCCUUUCCCUGGGACUUCUCCACCAUUAAAAUAAGGUCACAUACUUUAUUUAAUCAUUGACAUUUAUUUUUAAGAGUUAUUAAAACCAAAUUAAGAAGCCUUUCUGAGAAAUGUAGACAAAUUUUAUAAAGAAUAUAGAUUAAGUGAUCUAGCUAAAAGCAAAAUAAAUUUUAAACAAAUCUAGGCAGAGUUUAAGCAAACAGCAUUAAAAAUAAGAAAAAAGGGACUAGUAGUUCUCAGAGGCAAAGAACCAAAAACAAUUAGACACUGCAUGGGUGACUAGGAUAUGUUUCAAAUCAGUGACAAUGUAGUCACUUCCAGGUACUCUACUAUGAGGUAUCAGUUCCGAUUGAUCAGUUCCUAUGGCAAACCAUCUGUCAUUGAAUGUGGUAUAACUGACUGUUGGCUCUACAGUUUCAUUUGGUCACUUGAGCAAUAUUUCCUUCAAUGACUAUUCUGGAGGGGGGAAAAGCAGGUUUAAAGAAAAUAAAACCUAAUCUUAAACACAUUCUGGGAAGAAAUAAUCAACUGUUUGAAAAUCAUGCUUUAACUUUUUGUCAUAUUCUCAGCUAUACAAAAAUGUUUAUUUUGAAGAUUUUUAGACUGCUGUUAAUUUGAAUCUGUUAAUCAUAUUGUGGAUUUUGGUUUUAAAAAAAUGUUUCUAAUUGGAUUUUAUAAUCAAGAAUGGAACUUGGUAUCUAUUUUAUGAUAGAACCUAAGCUUUUUGUGGUUCUUAGUGUCCUGUGUAAAACUUAGUGUCAAAGUAAUCAACUUUGAGGUUUUCCCUUCUACUCUGCUUUAUAUUACAAGCCCUUUAGGAAAUGGGAACCUGGUGAAUAUACAAUGAAUUGUAAAAUAUUUUAAUGUGUAACUUUUUCAACUGUGAAACUAUGACUAUUGGUUUUUUGAUGAAAACAGCUGCUGAUAAAGUAUUUUGUGUAAAGUGUAGUUCUUAUUAAUCAGGAAAAUAAUCAAUGACUUGAUGAGAAUGUAUAUACCCUCUUGGAUUUUAUUUUAAGUGGAUUGGUAAUGUUUGCAUAAGUAAAACACAGUCCAUCUGUAUUCUCUUUCCCAUCAAAACUUGGCGCGCUUUGGCACUAUAAAAAAUUAUAGGCAGCCUGUCUACUCUAAAGGCACUGUGGAAAUGUCAUAGCAUAUAAACUUGGAUUUGUUUCUUAAUGAUUUUGUAAAUCCAUUUAAUUUGUAUCCUGACCAACAGCCCAUGCUUGCCAGCUCUUUGAAGAACUUUCAUUUGUAGCGUUAUUUUAAAGCCAGCAGGUUAAAUAGUCAUUUUUCUGAAUGUUACGUUUCUUUUGUUUCUGUGUCUGCAAGAGCAGACCUGGGCUGGACCCACACACUCAGAAACCACCUUAAAAAGUUGAUUUUGACAUCCAAGACAUCACUAUAGUAUUUCAGUUUAAAGGCCAUAUGUGGUGUUAAUGGAUUGUGGUGCUUCUACUAUUUAAAAACAACUUUCAUACUUCAGAUGUGAUUGAGAAGAGGGAAGUGCAGAGGGAGGGAGCACAACAGGGAGGAGUUGUUUGAAUGAAUUACAUUCUUCCUAUCCUGCUCAGAGUGGGCACUAGAGAAGACUAAACGCUGUGAGAGUAUCUUGUGCAUACCGUGAGGGAAUUAACUCUUCAUCAAGGAUGGGAUUGUGAAGGCUGAACUAAAAAAUUCAGCAUUGACAGGAUUCUCAGAUCAUAAUUCUUGAUGACAGAAUAAUACAGCUGGGCUGUUUUUUAAAUAUAAACACAAACCAUUUUUUUAAUUACUACAUUAAAAACUGUAAAUGUAUCUUACGUGCCAUGGCCUGGGAAGCCUUUUUUCUUUUCUAUUAAAAGUUAUGUUCAUUUUCUGAAAAGCAUUUAGGGAUUAGCUCAAGAUACCUAUGGUCCGGAUAAAAAUUGGAUUGGUAACUACCUCAGAAGGUUAAUAAGGAAAAAAACAGAUGAGUCACAAUUCAAUACUUCAGGCUCUGAUACUACAGAAAUGUGCAGAGCACUGUAUUUUAGAUUUACAAAGUCAUAGUUGGCAUGCCUUGUUUUUAAUGGCUUUGGAGACAUUAAGAAAAAAUUUUGGAUAAAGACUUAAUUAUUGCUCCAGCCAUUUGGAAAAGGUGAUAGUGCUAGGAGGUUCGUGGUACUAGGUUCUUGAAUUCAAUAUUUGAAAUUAGUUGUGUUCUCUUUUCUUGAUUAUUAGUAAAAUGAGUGUGUGUAUAUUUGCACACAUUUCUAUUUGUAUACACACUGCUUGCUAGCUCUAGUCAAGAGGCAUCUUUUAUAAAAGGUGUAAACAUCAAGGUUCUAAAAUUCAGAAGAGUUUAGAAUUCAUUAGGAGUUUCCCAAGUUGGGAUGUUAGUUUUUAAAUAAGCUUAUUUCAUUCAAGUAUUCCACUUGAUUCAAGUUUUGCACUUCCUUUUAUCAGUGCAGCACCAUUCCUUUUGCUUAGCUAUGUUAAUAAUUUAGAUAUGUUCAUAUUACAGCCAUGCUUGCUAGCAUAAAGUGACAGUUAAGAGCCAUAAGAAAAUUUUCUGACAAUUUUUACACAACUACAUAUGAGUUUUAGCACGGAGAAAAAAAUAAAAUCAGAAAAUCUGUCCCCUGUACACUUAGCACAGUUGGGUAACUGACUCACUACCAACCAUAGACUCCAUUCCUCAUGUUGGUAAGUAUGGAAAGGGGCUUUUCUUUGAUGCAUUUUGUAAGCUAUUUAAGUCUAUGAGUCUAUGAAUCUAUAAAAUCAUAUUUAAUCUGCCACUACAAUAAUAUUGUGGUUAUGCUAAGAGCCAUGUACAUUUUUACGUGAUUCCUAUUUUCAUUCUUCUAGAUGAGCAAGGGGGCAGAAAACCAACUUUGAUAUUAUCUCAAAAUACCUUUAAUAAGGCUGAACUCCUUUCUUUAUUCCAGUGUAAAUUUCUAAAUGUGAUCAUUAUCCACUGAUCUCAUAAGAAAAAGCCUCUUACCAUAUUUCAUUUAUGUUCCUAAGAGGAGUUGGAGAAGUUGGCCUUCAUCUGAUUUCUAGAAAUGUUUUUGGUUAUAGGACCUAAGUUUCAAAUGCAACCGGUGGUUAAAAUCUGAUUCAGUCUUUGGACUUAGUUGAGUUGAAUUAAAUCUAAAAGACUAUAUCCUUUUGGAACAUAGCAUUUCAACAUCUUGGGGAUUGUGGCACUACCAAAAAACUACUACUAACACACCAAAUGUUGACUUCGGAAGUUUUUAAAAGUAGCUCCCACCACCCUUUUUAGCCCCAUUUAUUGCAGCAAAUCUAUUUCUCUAUAUUUUGUCAUUCAAUGAAUUGAAUUCCUGUGGUGUACUGUAUUAGUUAGGAGAAAAAUGUUUUUAAAUGUUCUUUUAAUGAGGGCCCAAAAAAUAUCUGACACAGCAAGAUGCAUGUGUUAUUGUGCUGAGAAUAUAGAAUAAUACAGUGUCACUAAAUUUAAGACCUCUUCCCACUCUUGCUGUUCCUGGCAAGAA